GAAGAAGAAGUCGCUCGUGAUGCUGUUCCUGUCACUGUGCGCAAAUGCGCAUCCAACAGCACGGACCUCCGGUGGAUAACGAGAAAACAAACACGAGCAGGCUGGGAAACGACACGUUAGGGCGGAAGAGAAAACAGCGCUUGAGGGGGAAGACAGUAACCAAGGGGAAAGUCUGUGACACGGCAGCAACCAUGGUGGGCGAACGCCGCAAUGGGAACCUGCUGGUCCAGCUCGGCCCGCGGUUGCAGGCGUAUCCCGAGGAGCUGAUCCGCCAGCGCCGCACCCACGACGGCCAGACGGAGUACCUGAUUCGCUGGUGCCUCGUCACCAUCGACGACGGCUCCAGCCCUGGUGGCGGAGCCAGCGAGGCGGGUGGGACCGGCAGCGGCAGCUCCGGGGUGGGGGGGUCCGGCAGCUCCACGUCAGGAGAAAUCAAACCGGAGAACAUCCUGAUGUGGAUGUCGACGGAGGACGUGUACGCCAACUGCCCCACUCUGCUGGGCAAGAGGAAAACGGACUCACAGCGCCCCCUGCAGCCGCAGGAGCUGCAGCAGGACGGCGAUGCGGUAGACGGAGGCCAGAGGAGCGGCGGAGAGUUCCCGGCGGACGUCACCUUCGACGAGGUGGAGCUGUCGGACAUGAAGGAGGACGUGAAGAACCUGGUGCGUCGAGCCCGGAAGCAGAUGGCCAAGAAGAGCGACUUCUCCAUCAGCAUCACACACACCAUCCACGUGCUGAGCGCCUACGCCGGCAUUGGCUCGCUGGUCGGCGUCUUCAAGGAGACCGGCGCCCUCAACCUGCUGAUGGAGCUGCUCUGCAACAAGGAGACGCAGACCAGACGCAGCGCCGGGAAGAUGCUGCGAGCGCUCGCCUCGCAUGACGCAGGAAGUCGAGCCUACGUCCUCCUGUCCCUCAGUCAGCAGGACGGCAUCGAGCAGCACAUGGACUUCGACAACCGCUACACGCUGCUGGAGCUGUUCGCUGAGACCACGUCGUCAGAGGAGCACGGCAUCUCCUUCGAGGGGAUUCACCUGCCGCAGAUUCCUGGGAAGCUGCUCUUCUCUCUGGUCAAGCGUUACCUGUGCGUCACGUCUCUGAUGGACAAACUCAACACAGCGGGGGCGGACUCCAGCUCCGACAGACAGGACGCCAGCCCCUCCCCCGCUUCCACCUCCUCCUCCAGCGCCGCCCACCAGACGGAGCACCUGCGGAUGCAGCGGGAGUUCGACUUCACCAUGGCGAUGGCCAACCUGAUCUCGGAGCUGGUCCGGGUGAUGGGCUGGGACCGGAACCGCCAGCCCCCCGCCGGCUCCGCCCACCACCCCGGAGGAGGCGGGUUCUGCGGGGAGGAGCAGGUGGAGGAGGCGUCCCGUCCCGUCCUGAGGUCCAUCUUCCAGCCUCGAUUCUGCGCCUCCCCCAUCGUCCUCCCGGUCAACUCCGUCGUCGCGGCACCUGCAGCCACACCACCGAAGAAGAAGACGGGAAACGGAUUCAAAACACGCUCCGACUUCGCCAGCCGCUCCGCCUACGUGGAGUACGUUCAGGACAACCUGAAGAGCGGCAUGAUGGUCCGCAUGCUGGAGGACUACGAGGAGGUGAGCGCCGGCGACGAAGGAGAGUUUCGCUACAGCAACGACGGCUCGCCACCUGUUCAGGUGUACUGGAACUCCCUGUCCAGGACCUACUGGGUCCACUGGCACAUGGUGGAGAUCCUGGGCAGCGGCAGCAGCAGCCAGGCGGAGAAGGAGACGCAGGAGAAAGCCUCGUCUCUCACAGAGACCCUCAAACUCACCGCAGGUAACACGGCUCACCUGUCUGCGCACCUGUCUGGAAGAGUUUCUCCUCCUACUACUUCCUCCUCCUCCUCUCGUCCCCCAGUGAGUCAGACGUUCUUCUCCAAGCCCCCCGGCGGUCUCUACUCGCUGCCCUACCUGUCGGAGGGUCUGCAGGCGGAGCCGGCGGCGCUGAGCAGAGCGGAGUGGUGGGAGAUCCUCUUCUUCAUCAAGAAGCUGGAGCCCAAACAGCAGCAGGAGGUGAACGGCGUCCUGCUGCAGAGCCUCGACGACCAGGACGGUGAGCUGGACGACUCGUCUCUCAUCAGCCUGUCUGUCCCCGGAGACGUGGCGAAGAAGCUGCUGCACUACCUGAAGCAGAAGCUGCCGUCGUCGUGUCUCAGCGACCUCCUCUGCUCCCACGCCUUCUCCAAACACUACCUGAGGAGAGGAGGAGGAUGUCUGGAGGACGAGGAGCUGCUGGCUGAAAGCUCUCUGGGCUCCUCUGGUUUGGGAGGAGGAGGAGCAGGAGGAGGAGGCAGCGCACAGAGCUCCUCGUCUUCAUCGGCGGCCUCGGCCUCCUCUUCCUCAGCGAUGGCCUCCGUCUCCAAGAAAGCAAAGAAGGAGAUUUCUUCAGAUUCAGGAAUCAGCAGCUCGGAGACGGAGAGCGAGCUGCCGACAGAGGACGACAGCAAAUACCCCGACGACCUGGAGGACAAGAUGAAAGUGUUCAACAACCCGCGGGUCCAGGGGAAGAAGACGGCGCUGGAGAAGCUGGGCGAGGUCGUGGACAUCCUGAAGAAGGGGGGGGGGGGCUCGGACCAGGCCCAGCAGCUGGCCGGUGUCCUCUUCAUCACCAGGCUGCUGGAGGAGAAGGGGUCCCAGGAGAAGAACUCCAUGAGGAGCGACUCCGCCCAGACCAUACGGGACAAGGUGCUGAAGCUGCUGGUGGAGCUGCUGGGCUCGUCCUCUAAAGACGUGGUCAUCAGCUCGCUCAGACUCACUCACCUACUCAUGCUCAAAUACGAGUGGAGGGUUUCCUUCGCCACGGAGGGCGGAGUCAAAGCCAUCCUGUCCUGCAUGCAGGAGUUCUCCUCCGUCACACACGUCCAGCAGCUGGCGCUCGCGACUCUGAAGGUCAUCACCGGAGCCAGUAAACACGACCUCCGCAGCGUUGGCAGCAGUCUUCCUCUCUCUGAGUCCGGCACUCAGAUGAUGCUGGAGAUCUUCGCCAGCAUCGGCUCGGCCACGCCCGAAGGCUCCAGAGGCCUGCUGGGAGCCAUCCCUGCCGCCAUCGACCUCAUGCUGAAGACGAAAGGCUGCAUGCUGUCGGUGCGUAACGGCCUGCUCGUCAUCAUCAUGCUCAUCUCCAACCACAAGAGCCUGGCGGAGCAGCUGGUGGCCUGUGACGUCACCGCCGUCCUCAAGAAGUGUCUGGCUCUGUCCCGGGCUGAGACCAUGCUCGCCAUCAUCGCCCUCAACCACAUCUCCAUGGUGCACAAGCUGGAGAGCAAAGAGUGUCACGAGCACCUGGACCUUAAGGACACGGAGCUCCAGAUGUUGGUGGUGAGUCUGAAGGAGCAGACGGCCACUAAAGAGGUGAUCCAGACUCUGGAGCAGCUGCUGUGUGACGACACGUCACAGCUGGAGGAGGAACGCAGCCAGGUGACUCACAGUCGUGACACCUACCAGGAUCUGGUUCGGCUGAUGGAGCAGCACCGAGCCGACCGGGCUGUACAGCUCUCCAUCCUCAGGAUCCUGAACAAGUUCCUGGACAACUACCAGGAGGACAUGCUGCCGUGGCACGAGAGCAUCGAGCCCUGCCUGUCCUCCAUGACGGCCUUCAUCAACGACAGAGAGGUGGUCCAGCAGUUCAUCCGCUUCCUGUACCGGCUGGCGUCUCUGAACAAAGACUACGCCGUGGUGAUGUGUCGCCUGGGGACCAAAGAGGCUCUGGUCAAAGCUCUGGACAAACACAGCACCAACCUGCUGCUGGUCACCGAGCUGCGAGACCUCAUCACCGACUGCGAGAAGUACGCCAGCCUCUACAAGAAGAUGACCACCAGCGUCCUGGCAGGAUGUAUCCAGAUGGUGUUGGGUCAGAUCGAGGAGCAUCGCCGCAGCCAUCAGCCAAUCAACAUCCCCUUCUUCGACGUGUUCCUCCGUAAUCUCUGCCAAGGUUCCAGUGUGGAGCUGAAGGAGGAUAAGUGCUGGGAGAAGGUGGAGGUUUCGUCCAAUCACCAUCGAGCGAACAAGCUGACCGACAAGAACCCCAAAACAUACUGGGAGUCCAACGGCUGCACCGGGUCUCACUUCAUCAACAUCUACAUGCACAAGGGAGUCGUCAUCAGACAGCUGGCCAUCCUGGUGGCCAGUGAGGACUCCAGCUACAUGCCGGCCCGGAUCCUGGUCCUGGGGGGGGACGACCCCACCAACAUCAACACUGAGCUCAACACAGUGAACGUGACUCCGUCGGCCAGUCGUGUGGUUCUGCUGGAGAACAUGACCCGGUUCUGGUCCAUCAUCCAGAUCAGGGUCAAGAGAUGUCAACAGGGUGGUAUUGACACCAGGGUCCAUGGUUUUGAGGUCCUGGGUCCGAAGCCGACAUUCUGGCCCGUGUUCAAGGAGCAGCUGUGCUGUCGGACCUACCUGUUCUACAGCACCAAGGCCCACACCUGGUGUCAGGAGGUGAUGGAGGACAAGACGCAGCUGCUGCAGCUCUUCAACAAACUGAACAGCGCUCUCAGACACGAGCAGAUGUUCGCAGAUCGUUUCCUGCCGGACGCUGAAGCAGCUGAAGCUCUGGGCCGAACCUGCUGGGAGGCUCUGAUCACCCCCAUCGUCCACAGCAUCACACUGUCAGAAUCCUCGGUGUCCAGCCCUCUGUCGUGGCUGCUCAGUGAGUACCUAGAUAACGCCGAGUCGGCUCGACGCUGUAAGAGCCGGGCGGCCAUCUUUAACUCCAGAGUGAGACGCCUCACACACCUGCUGGUCCACGUGGACACGAGCCGACCGGACAGCGAGGAGCUGAAGCCGCCCGUCAAAUCAAAAGGUCUCAACAGGAGCAAAGAGUUGAAGAACGGGAAAGAGGGUAAAAACAAAGACAACGCCGCAGCUUCGUCGUCUUCUACUUCCUCUGCCAAGCCCAAGGUGAAGAGCAGCAGCAGCAUCGCAGGCAUCGCCCUCUGUUGGCAGGGGGUGGUACAGCGGCAGGUGAAGAAGUUCCUGGAGUCCAGCUGCAGUCUGCCGGACUUCGUGGAGCGUUACCGGACCCUGUACCUGCGGCUGAAGAACGCCAUGGAGGAGCUGUUCGGACAGCAGACGGCGUUCGUCCUCGCCCUUCGACACGGCUUCUCUGCUGCUCUGCUGCAGCUCUCCAUCCUCAGAGCCAUGCACGUGAGCGAGCGUUUUGCUCAGUACAUCGAUCAGAUGAUUCAGGUCAGCGGCGCGGCGUCCGGCAGCGUGGAGACUCUGGAGCGGCUGCAGCAGUUUCUGGAGCCGAUGCUCUUCCUGUCGGGCCUCGAGCUCGCCAGCACCUUCGAGCACUUUUACAGGUACUACCUGGGCGACCGGCUGCUGGCUCAGGGGAACGUGUGGUUGGAGAGCGCCGUCAUCGAUCACAUCGGCAGCUGCUUCCCGAGUCGCUUCCCUCAGCAGAUGUUGAAGAACCUGAGCGAGUCGGCCGAGCUGCAGCAGGAGUUUCACCUGUACAGGCUGCAGCAGCUCGACCGCCGCCUGCAGGAGCACGAUCAGAUGAUGGAGGAGGAGUGGACGGACUCAGACGAGGAGGCGGAUGUCCAGGUUCUGGUUCUGUCUCCACGCUGCUGGGCCGUGUCCUCACUUUGUUUCCUCGACGAACCAGCAAAACACUUUCCAUCUGAACUCUGCUCCUACUUGAACCAGUUCACCCAGUUCUACUCUCACAGUCAGUCCAUGUACGGUCUGAGUCACUCGAAGCCUCGGCGGCUGCAGUGGACGUGGCUCGGUCACGCCGAGCUGCAGUUCGGCUACUGGACGCUGCACGUCUCCACGCUGCAGAUGUUCAUCCUGCUGCAGUUCAACAACCAGGAGGAGGUCCAGGUGGACUCUCUGCUGCAGGUGACCGGUCUGUCUGCUGCCGUCCUGCUGCACGCUCUGAUGCCGCUCAUCAGUGAGGGGGGGCCGCUGACCUGCAGCCAGCCAGAUGAUCCCAGCCAAGGUGUGCUGAUGUUGAACCAGCAGGCGGCGUCUCGCAGUCUGGACGGCGUCCCGGCGUCAGUGCAGCUGCUGCCCAGACAGACGUACCUGAACGUGGACGAGGACGCGGCCGGCACACUGGAGAGGAAGAGGAACUACAUCUACUGUCUGAUCGUCCACAUCAUGAAGCAAGAGAAGGAGAUGCACAUCGACAACCUCGUCUUCAAGGUUCUGGACUCGUGUCAGAAACAGGAAGCGUCUCGGUCUCCUGGCGCGGGUCGUUUCAGCUGCAGCACCAGCGACGUGCUCUCCUGCAUCAUGCAUGUCAUCAGCAAAGGCUGCAUCCGCCGCAAUGAGGAGAACCUGCACAUCGUGGAGUUCCUCCCCGAGGACCCGUCCACGCCGCAGAAGGGCCAGGCCCAGUUCUCCUUCAGCCGCUCCGAGAUCAGCAAGGACGCCGCCUCCGACAGCCGCGCCGACAUAAGUCUGGUCGCGGCGCCACGGCGGUUCGAGGACGGGGUUCUGGACGCGGUUCUGUUCUCGAUGGGCCGGACCAUGACGCAGGAGGAGGUCCGUCAGCUGAUGCAGAGGACGGUCCAGCAGGUUUCAGUGACUCUGAGUCUGGACCUGGACCGGGCCGAGCACCUGCUGGUUCACUGUAAGUGGAACGUGGACCUGCUGGUACAGCGCUACACCGACGACUCCGACUCCCUUAUCAUGGCCGCCGGGCUCAAGUGCCGAAACCCUCAGCCGCCGCCGAGCCCCGCCUCCACCUGCCCGGUCUGCCUGGGCCCCCGCAGCCCCGCCCUGGAGUCGGUCCCCUCCCUGAGCUGCAUGCACUACUGCUGCCGGUCGUGCUGGCAGGAGUACCUGACGGCGAGGAUCGAGCAGAACCUGGUGAUGAACUGUGACUGUCCAAUCACAGACUGCCAGGCUCAGCCCACCUCACAGUUCUUCCUCAACAUCCUCACUGAUAAGGACACCAUCGCCAAGUAUGAGAAUGCCUUGCUCAGAGGUUACGUGGAGUGCUGCUCCAACCUGACGUGGUGCACCAACCCUCAGGGCUGCGACCAGAUCCUCUGUAAGGAGAACAUGGGCAGCAUGGGAACCUGCUCCAAGUGCUGCUGGUCCUCGUGCUUCAGCUGCAACUUCCCUGAGGCCCACUACCCAGCCAGCUGCAGCCACAUGUCGCAGUGGAUGGAUGAUGGAGGUUACUAUGAAGGGAUGAGUAUGGAGGCUCAGAGCAAACACCUCGCCAAGCUGAUCUCCAAACGCUGCCCAAGCUGCCAGGCUCAGAUCGAGAAGAACGAAGGCUGUCUGCAUAUGACCUGUGCCAAGUGUAACCACGGUUUCUGCUGGCGGUGUCUGAAACCCUGGAAACCAACACAUAAAGAUUACUACAACUGCUCCGCCAUGGUGAGUAAAGCAGCCCGUCAGGAGAAGAAGUUCCAGGAUUAUAACGAGAGAUGCACCUUCCACCAUCAGGCCAAGGACUUUGCGAUCAACCUGGAGAACAAAGUGUCGUCCAUCAAUGAAGCUCUGCAGAUGAAGUCACUGACCUUCGUCAUCGACGCCUGUAAAGUCCUCGCUCAGGCUCGAAAGGUUCUGGCCUACUCCUGCGUCUACAGCUACUACAACCAGGAGACGGAGAAGAUGGACGUGAUGGAGCAGCAGACGGAGGCGCUGGACCUUCACACCAACGCCCUGCAGAUCCUGCUGGAGGAGACUCUGCUGCAGUGCACCGACCUGGCCUCGUGCGUCCGCCUGCUGAAACCCGAGCACCUGAACACCGGCCUGGAGCUGAUCCGACGCAUCCAGGAGCGCCUGCUGGCCAUCCUGCAGCACUCCACCCAGGACUUCAGGGUGGGUUAUCAGUCCAAGAGCAGCCAGGAACCAGAAUCCACUCAGGCCUCCAACCUGUCCAACCACACCGACGCCAACAAAGUGUCGAAGUCGGACCGAGCGUCGGACUCUGGAGACUCGGACAACAACAACUACACAGGUGAGGAGGGCGGCGAGGAGGCGGAGGACGAGGACGACGAGUACGAUGAAGAGUAUGUCCCCGAGUGGCACGAGGACUACGAUGAGGACGACAUCGACGAGGACGACUUCUUCUCCGACGAUGACGAGUCCGAGAACCUGGAGAGGGACUUCAGCCCCUUCGACUGAGCCGCACGGAAGAACACGAACCUCCCUGAGUCGAAGGAAGAGAGAGAGGACAAGUCGGGCCCCGCCAAGGCCCCGCCCCCUCCUCACCACCAUCCGACGCCACCUGAGAACGUCAGGAACGACGGGAGACGAUCAGAGGGACGUCCUCCUUCACCUGAACCCCCCCACCCCAAACACAGCUGCACUCGCUUUUCCACUUACUGUAUUUUACCUUCUGUAUUUUCAUGAAGUGAGAGUACGGAAGAGGACGAGGGUCAAAAGACAGAAGCGUCAGUUCUGAGUUUGAUCUUUAAAUUCUGAGAAAAAAUGAGACAAAAGUCUUUGUUUAAAUUAUGAGAAUAAACGAGUUAAUUUUGAUCUGAAAGUCAUGAAACGACUUAAUAGUUUUUUUUGCUCACUGUCUGAUCCCAGUCUGAAACCAGUUCAAACCCAGUUUAAACCCAGUUUAAACUCAAUCAGAACUCUACCUUGAUAAUAUAAACCAGUCUGAAACAAGGUCAAACCAGUUAAACCCAAUCUGAAACCAGUUUUAAACCAGUAUGAAGAAACCAGUCAAUUAAAACCACACUGGACUUUAAUCUCAGAAAUGUUCCGUCACUAAAAUUCAGACUUAAAUUUUAAAUUGAGAUUUUCUGUCUCUGGCCCUGAUUAAAUAAUCCCGACUUUAAUCUCAGAACUUUUUUGUUGCUUCGGUUCUGGCCUGGCGUCUCUUCCGUACUGACCCGCCUCGGUUCUGUCCUGGUUCUGGAUCUCGGUGGUUUUGGUGUCGGUGGACGGAUCUCUCCCAGAGGAGGUCUGUUAGUCUGAGAUGUGUCACAGAACAAAAUGUUUGUGUUUGUUUCCUGCUGCUGCUUUUUGGAGUUUUUCCUGAGACGAGUAAAAAAAUAAAAAUAAAAACCAGAAAAAAGGGAUUAGUGAUCCGGAUCAGAGACUGUGAGUCCAGCUCUCAUCAUCUUUUUGUACCUGAUGUAAACUCAGUUAGCACUUAGAGACCUUUCUUUCAUCACACGUUCUGCCUUGAUUUCUUUUUAUGGAGGUUGCCUUGAUUUGAGAGUAAGAGAAAUAGAGACGAUUAAAAUGCAACACUCUGUUUCAGAUUUAGAUUUACUGACAGUUACAGAAGAGAGUUUUUUUUACAUGUUUGAGGAGUUGGAUGUUUCUAUGCAUCUGAAGAAACAGGUUGAAUCCUGAGCAGAGUGUCUGGGAGCUGCACAUUCUGACAUCAGCCUCUGAAGUAUCACUGCAAUAACUGAUCGAUCAAUUAUCGGCUCACUGUUGCGUCAUUUGCUAAGCAAAGACUCUGUCACCUGCUCUGUUUUCUGUCUUUAAAAAGGACGUUGCUAAGAAGAGUUUUUGGGUUUGUUGUCGAGAACUCGGCGCUCUGCAGGAGUGGAGGGAUAUCUGAUAUCCCAGCUUCCUGUUUUGCUGUAAUUUUGAUUGAGAGAUCCUAUAUUCAUAUUGUUGAUGUUCUUUCUGGUUUCUUUGUUGGAGUCGAGCGACUUCAGCCAGCAAACUAAAUAAAAGCUUUUUCUGCUACGCUG